UAUAAUCUGUGAGUGUGCAGCUCUGAGGGGCAGCGGCACGGUUUGCGUCGCACAUGUUUAAUGGAAAAAACCCAGUAAAGCGAGGGGAACAAAAGCUACGUGAAAUGAGAGAGUGAGCAGAAGAAUAAACACAAAACUAGACCUCCUUUUUGAAAGACCUUCUUCUUCUGAGAGCUGGAGGAGGACACAUCGUUAUCUGUCGAAAUGGAUUUUCAAGAUAAAGAAAUUAUCCCUGGAGAGAUUCUGCCUGUGGUGAUCAUCGGUAACGGCCCCUCAGGGAUCUGCCUCUCCUACCUGCUGUCGGGUCGGACCCCCUACCUGUCGCCGGAGGUAUCGCACCCAAACCCCCUGCUGAGCAGCAAACUGGGGGAACAGCCACACCUGUCACUGCUGGAGCAGGACCUGGAGUACCUGUGUGAGGGUCUGGAGGGCCGCUCCUCUAACCCCGUGGCGGUGCUUUUUGAUUCGCUGCUGCUCCCUGACAGCGACUUUGGUCUGGACCACUCGUCUCCUCUGGACUGGAGAUACGAGCCUGAGAGAUCAGUCCCUCACCUGGUGCUGGGGAGGGGCCCGCCGGGGGGCGCCUGGCACGCUAUGGAGGGCUCCAUGCUAACGCUCAGUCUGGCUAACUGGAUGGAGCUGCCUGGACUCAAACUCAAAGACUGGAUGAGGGAGAAACGCAGAAAUGUCCGUAAUGACCGAGCCACUCCCGCAGAAAUCGCCUCUUACUACCAGCACUACGUUUCCCAGAUGUCAUUGGAGCAGAACUUCGCCUGUGGGACAACUGUAACCGGGGUAACCAGGCAGCCUAGCAACCAGGAGGGAUCGCCGCCCUGCUGGAGGGUGACGGGACUGCAGCGGCGCGAAGGGGAGGAGCUGGGAGAUGGUUCCACUGUUUCCGACGAGGUUCCGUUCUCGCUGCUGGCUCAUAACGUGGUUCUGGCGACGGGAACCCACGACAUCCCGGCCCGGCUGGGAGUCGAGGGCGAGUCGCUGCCCCACGUCUGCCACUCCUUCUGGGAGCUGGAGGCCGCCAUCUCCCGCGGGGAGCUCGACCAAUCAUCGGACCCCGUGCUGGUGGUGGGGGCGGGGCUUACUGCGGCGGACGCUGUUCUGGCCGCCCAUCACCUGAACACGCCGGUGUAUCACGUCUUCAGACGCUCCGUCAACGACCCAGGGCUCAUCUUCAACCAGCUGCCCAAACUGCUCUACCCGGAGUACCACAAGAUUCACCAGAUGAUGACUCAGCAGCAGUACCAGGCCCCGCCUCCCCCUCAAAGCCACGCCCACAACCUGCAAACCCCCCCCUCUUCUUCCUCUUCCUCCAUUCCCCCUGCCUCCUCCUCCUCUUCCUCCUCUUACUCGGGAUACCUCAGUUUCCCACGAUACAAAGUAGUGGCGUUCAGACCCGACAAGAAGUGCGUCCUUGAGUCGGAUUCUGGCGAACGCACGGUGUUGCAGAUCUCCAAAGCGCUGGUUCUGAUUGGAGCUCAUCCAAACCUCUCCUUCUUGCGGGAAAAUGGCAGAGCGCUGGGAAUCUACCCGGAGGAACCCAUUACUUGCCGAAGGAACCCCAUAGACGUGGAUCCGUUCACCAACAAGGUUCUGGGGGCGGAGGGGCCCGGUUUGUACGCCAUGGGGCCGCUGGUCGGGGAAAACUUUGUCCGGUUCCUCAAAGGUGGAGCGUUGGCGAUAGCGAGCGAUUUAGCAAAGAGACAUCGGGGGGAGGAAGAGGAGGAGGGAGAGAAAUACCUGACGAUUGACAGAUUUAUGGACAGACCGAAGAGGACGGAAAAUGAGGUUCGGGAGUCGUAGCGCGGCACAAAACACAUUUUAAAACGAAAACACAGAAGAAAGGAAAUCAAACUCGCUGCUAAAAGAUGAUUUUAAGACGGGACUUGCACUGGUUUUGAGAAACGUGGGUGUGGGUUGGACUCUGGAGCGAAAGACGUGAAAUUAUUUUCAUUUACAUUUUUAUUCUGGAAAGGCUUUACUUUACCAACUGGACAAAACCCACUAUCAUCCACUGACGCUGGGCUCGGACAGACGACUAAAUGACAUGUGGACAUUUGUUAUAUUUGUGUAGUCUGUGAAACACUAGAAACAAAAACACCUAAAGCCAAACUGGUCUACCUGCAAUGUGAAAAGACUCCAUCGCCCGUUUACCACUGUUAAAAAAACCUGCAUUUACGCACAAAUUGACAUGUUUACUACCUGGAAGUAGAUCCUGGAGGUCGUGAACCCCACCAUCACUCUAUGUGUUUUGAUGAUUGACUUUAGCCUCUUUCCCACUGGACAAAACAUUCAGAACUGAGACUUGAAAAUAUAAUAAAUACACACAUUUUUAUAAUUUAUGACCUUUUAAAAGGCUUUUAUUUUUUAAUGUAAUGUCCCUAAAGCCUCCAGAGUACACUGACAGAAAAUGUUAGCGCAUAUAAACACACUUUUAAAAACUCUGUAACCCUAUCUCUAUCGGGUGAAUAAACACACACAUUUCUAUAGAAAGGGUUAUAGAGUCGGACAGUUCUGUAUUGUGGAAGAUGAUACGUAUAUCUGUAUUCCAAAGCUCUGGUGUCCAUAUAUUGGGCAAUACUGUUGUUACUUAAAGGCACAAUGAGUGGAAUUUGUCCCUUUAUUUCCUCAAUUAAUUAAUAGUGUGUUAAAUGGAAAAUAAAAUGUCUAAUCUGACGUCUUCAAACAUCUUGUUUGGUCAGUGCAAAACCAAAAGAUACUCAAUUUAAUCCAAAAUGUAGAAAAGCAGGACAUCUCAAAAUGUGAGAGGCUAAAAAAAUAUGUUUCUAUAUUUAGUUUUUUCAUGAAAUAAUGACUUGAGUGAUUUAUUAAUUAUCAAAAUAGUUAACGAAUACUUUUAGUUUUAUGCACUGAUCGUUCCGGAUUCAUUGUGAGUCUAUCAAUUAUUCUUUUUAAGGGAAAUCUACUCAUCGUGCCUUUUUUUAAAACAAUAAAACAUAUUCUUUAUAAUCUGUCAGCGCCAUCUGGUGGUCAAACGAUGUAAUGCAGAAACCUCAACACUCAUCUGUAAAUACAACAUACUGUAUAAUGGAACCAGGUUUAUAGUAAAUAUUGUAAAUCCAUUUCACUGUCCACCAAUACGUGACUUUUUAACAUGUAAAUAUGACAAUAUCUCAAACCUUAUUAGCUACUGAGGACGGACACAAACACAGGAAGAGGAGAUAUUAAAAAAGUGUGGAAGGAAGGAAAGAAUAAGGGCCGGAAGUGAAGAUUUAAAGACAAAGUAAUGGAUGUAAAGUGACUUUCUUCUCACUCACAUGGAGCCUGAAUCACUACAGUCACUUCCUGUUUUCCACUCAGCAUCACACUCGACCAAAACAGCCUUUUUUAUUUGUUUUAAAAGAUGUAUAUUUGGGAUAAUUAACAUGUUUCUGUUGGAAAAGUGUUUCAUUUGACACCGUGACAUGUUUCCUUUGCUCCUCCACCAGCCUCCCUGUGUGUGUUUGUAUAUUAUGGGCUUUAUGAAUCUAAGGUGCUUUAUUUUUCUAUUUCCCACUCAUGUCAACUGUACCUGCUUUAAUAACCUGUCAUGUUUUUAUCUUGAAAAGAUUUUAUAUGUCAAAAAACAAAAGAGACAUUUAUUUUUUUUCAUUGAAAAUGUUGUAAAAAAUAAUAAUAUAAACGUUAAAUCAGACUGACCACUUCUGUAGUGAUAUCUUACAUUAUUUGUUUUGGGUUUUAAAAAGUCAAGAGGAUAAUAAUAAUGCAGACCAAAUUGAGAUCAUGUUGAUUUCAGCUAUAAAAACAUUUUCUCUGUU